AUGCGGAGAUUUCUAGGUCUUGCAGUCGCUUUUGGUGCAGGUCUUGGUGCUGCAAAACUUACGCAAUGGAAGCCAGUGUCAAGUGAGCAACAAUCUAGCGGACAUCAACAUGACCAUCAUCAUCAUCAGCACACACCGGGAUCAAAAAUGACCCUGAAAGGACAUGUUCUUGAUAUGGGUGCUCGAAUGGCAGGCCACUUUGCUCCAGUGAAUACUAUUCAUCAGCACGUGUGUGGAUUUCAUUUUUAUUCCGGUGAUAUGACACGACAAUUGAUUGCACACCAUUACUGUUCACAUAUCAAUCAAGAUGUUCGUCAGUGUGUCAUAUAUGACAGUGAUCGUCCGGAUGCACGUCUCAUUGGUGUAGAGUACAUUAUAUCCGAGGAACUUUUCAAUCAAUUACCUGCCGAAGAAAAGAAGUUAUGGCACUCGCAUGUCUAUGAAGUGAAAAGCGGUACAUUAGUCACGCCAGGUGUACCAGAUGUUGCCGAACGAGAAGUGAUGAAAGAAUUAAUUCAUACCUAUGGCAAAACAUUUCAUACAUGGCAAAUUGAUCGCGGCGAUCCACUUCCGCUUGGCGUACCACAACUGAUGAUGGCAUUCAAUCAAGAUGGACAACUAAAUCCAGAAUUAGUACGGCAACGAGAUGAAUAUUAUAAAAUAUCUGCUGAAGAGAAAAAACGUUCGCGUGCUGAUAUUCAAACUCCCGCGGUGAAUAAAGAUGCGGAUGCUUGGUCAAAAUCGGGCAAAGCCGUUCAACAAAAUUUCAGUUCCGGUAACUUUUUAAGUUGA